CUGCAACAUACUCUCUCAGAGUGCUAUGUGGUAACUUUUGUCCCUGUAGGAGAACCCUCUGAAAAUAAGGUUCCUGAUAGAACCCUUCUCAGUUCACAUAAAACCUUAUUUGGGAGCACAGAACAUCUGCUUUCAAAUAUCACCCUUGAGGUGGUUCUAUGUGGAACCAAAAAGGGUUCUCAGAAUCCUAUUUUAGAGGGUCCUAGGAACAGUGGGUUAACUGCCUUGUUCAGGGGCAGAACGACAGAUUUUUACCAUGUCAGCUCAGGGGAUUAGAUCUAGCAACCUUUCGGGUAACUGGCCCAACGUUAACUACUAGGCAACCUGCCGCGCCAUAUGCUCUACUGUCCAAGAGACCAGUUAUGGAAUGCCUUCAGCCUACGUACAUCUAUACAAGUAUUACGCAUUAGACCCAUUUCAGCACAUUGACCGACUUCUAUCCUCAGUCCAGACGCUCUCUGUUACAACUGAAUUGUUAUUAGGUAACCGCGUUAGAAACCUGUCCAAUAGAAACAGCUGGCUGUGGUCACAUGACAGUUUAUGUAACAUUUAUAAAAAAAAGUGAGAAUAUUAUUUAUGGUGUGCUAUCAAAUCGCCCGAGUAGUGAGCUGAACAGGCGCAAAGACAUCAGAAAAUGAGAUGGAGAAGGACCUGUUACUUCCAAAAAUGAAAUAAUAAUUUCGCGAGACUACUGCACAACAGCAGUCAUCAUGGGAACGGAUAGUACAGAUUGUAUGCUGCUUCUUGCGGUAGAAGCGUUUAAAUCUAAAAACUUCGGGCUCGCAGCAGACAUAUACGAAUGUCAAAUGCUGCACCUCCGUGACCCUGGUAAGCAGCAAGAUCUGUUGGUGAAACGAGCCGAUGCCCUGGCAUUUGCUGGCAAAUUGAACGAAGCUUUCGAAAUCUACCGAAAAGCGGCUGAAAUCGAGAGACUCCGACCAGUCCAUCUGGAGAAUCUUAUUAAAUAUCUCUCUAACAGUAUUAAAAGAAAUGAUGGGACAGACAGUCAAAGCAAUAGGCAGGAGACAAACUCCUAUUGCGUUGGAUAUGAUGCAUUUACCUGCAGAAUAUGUUAUAGAUUUCUAUACGAGCCAGUUACCUUGCCUUGUGGACACUGCUUUUGCAAAAAGUGCCUGGACAGAGAAAAAAUGCCUGUCUGCUGCAAAGAGUGCAAUGACAUGACCAAAUUCAAUGAUGUGGACAAUUAUAGAGUAAAUGUUGUUCUUAGUAACUUGUUAUCAAAGUGGUUUCCAGUUCAAUUACUUGCUGUUCAUCUGAGACGUGAGGGGAAUGGACUAUAUUCAGAGAAAAUGGAUUCUGCUUUGGAAAAAUACAACGAAGCAAUACAAAUAGCUCCUAGGGACCAUGUUCUGUACAGCAACCGAUCACAGAUCAAUUCCAGUCUGAAGAAUUACCAGGAUGCCCUUCAUGAUGCAGAGAUGGCAUGCAAACUCAUGCCUCUUUGGUCCAUGGGACAUAUUAGAAAAGCACAAGCUCUUGUCACUCUGGGGAAAUGUGAAGAAGCGUUAAGAGAGUACCUGAUCGUCAUUGCAUUAGACCCUGAGAGUAAACUGGCAAAAACAGAGGCGCAAAAGAUUCUGAGUGAUCUCCUGGCCCCUGUCACUGAUCAAGUACACAACAGAAUCCUGGACUGCACAAGUCUACUAUCUUCCAGAAGUAGAUUUAAAGGUGGCGCCCUGAACACCUCAAGCUGCAUCAUCACCACAUCUUACAAGGAAUACAAGAAUAUCAUCGCCUCUGACGAGAAGUUGACGUUGUCCCCCACGAUGAGUGAAUCUAAGACAGAUGGCUCAUUUGAGACAUGCAGCGGAAAGAAAAGAGAAAAUCAGGUGAAUGUCUGCCAUCCCAGCGUCACCAACAGGAGCGUCUUCCUCAAACGUAGCUCAUCCGAGGACAGCCAAGUGGACAGUAGUGACAUCUGCAAGCGUUCAAGAUAUGAAGUGACCCAGAAUGAACAGGAAACUUCCUGGAGUACAGUGCUUGCUGGCCUCAUAGACCCGACUGACCUGGAGUGUUCUCUGUGUAUGAGGCUCUUUUAUGAACCAGUCACCACUCCUUGUGGACACACCUUCUGUCUGAAAUGCCUCGAGCGAUGUCUGGACUACAAUCCCAAGUGUCCUCUCUGCAAGAUGGAUCUGAAAGAGUACCUGUCAGAAAGUAAAUACAACAAGACUGUCUUGGUGGAGAACCUCAUCUGCAAGUAUCUGCCAUCCGAGCUCAUGGACAGGCAGAAAGUCAACGCAGAGGAGAUUGCAGACUUAUCGAAUCUAAACAAGAACGUGCCUAUAUUUGUUUGCACCAUGGCCUUCCCCACCGUUCCAUGCCCUCUUCACGUCUUUGAGCCCUGCUACCGGCUGAUGAUCCGCAGGUGUAUGGAGAUGGGUACCAAGCAGUUUGGAAUGUGCCUCGAUGAUAACCUCAAAGGAUUUGCAGAUUACGGUUGCCUCCUGGAGAUCCGAAACGUGGAAUUCUUUGCAGAUGGCCGCUCCGUUGUUGACACCAUCGGGAAAAGAAGGUUUAAAGUAAUUGAGCACCACCAGAGAGAUGGGUACAACACAGCAGACAUUGAAUACCUGGAAGACAUUAAGGUGGAGGGUGUGACAGAGAAGGAGCUGCAGAGUCUCCAUGAUGCAGUGUACGACCAGGCCUUAAUCUGGGUCAACUCCCUCAAAGCAGAACAGAUGGAGAGGAUUGUGGGUCACUUUGGGCCCAUGCCGGAGAAAAACUCUGAACCACAGGUCAGUCCCAAUGGGCCAUCCUGGUGCUGGUGGCUGCUGGCAGUCCUUCCUCUGCAGGGUCGAGCCCAGCUGCCCUUCCUUGCCCUGACCUCCCUGAAGGACAGACUCAGUGGCAUCCGCAGAGUACUCCUCUUCAUGACCCGCAGCCGCUCCUCUCGGUGACUCCAACCCUCACACAACCAUCCUUCUCCUCCAUGUGGAUGUCUGUUUUGUCAGAAAGACCAAAUGUUAACGAAAGCCUUCUGCGUAAAUAGGUUAUUGGCAAGUGGGCUUUGAUUAGAUUACCAAAAUGUGAUGCUGAUUAUUUCUUCCUUCCAAGGAUUAGAAGAGGCUACUUAUGGACUGAAUCUUUUAAUCAGUGUGCUUUCAAGACAAUAAUGAUUGAUUUAGUUUUUGUUAUUAUUUAUAAACACAGCGUGUGCAUGCAACAUGUUUACAUCCCUGGGAGGGAUGACAAACUCUAAACUAUUACAUAAAUCACUUUUUAUUUCCAUAGGGUUUAUUAACCACCACAAAUGACAUAUCAAAACCAAAACCCCUGAAAAUGUAGAAAGUUAGUUAACAAAAUGACGAUACAGAACAGUACAGGUUCUGCUGCUGCUUUAACUAUAUCAUUCAGAUAAUGUUUUGGUGUAGAGGAGUGUGAUACACCUUCAGUUGAAAGGAGCUAUCUCCUACUUACGAUGGAAUAUGUAUUGUUAUUUAUAUUACCUACUUUGCAGCAGCAGCAUAAGUGAUACUCACAUGGUGAGCAAAGAUGGGUCGUGAGAUUUGCCUUUAAGAAAGGAAUUUUUUUUAUUGUUUUGUUGGAUGUUACAUGAUUCGUUGUCUGACUUUUUAAAAAUAGUUUUCUACUGUUAUUUUUUAUGUUAUGAUGAUCACCUUUUUAUACAGACAAUGUUGAACCAGGAUGGUUAUGUUGUUCAAUCUUGUGGAAAUGUGUUAAUGAACAACAAUUAUGUUUUGUAUACCAAGUGCCAAUUGGAAGUUAUUCUAUUUAUAUAGGGCUGCCUUGUCUCUUAUUUGCAACAUAUAUGGUCAUAAAUUAGAGAUGUGACACAAGUGACCAACAAACUCAGAGUGGUUGCAAUAACGGUUAUCACUUGUGCAGCGUGAUUCCUGGCUUGUAUACAAAAGACAACAACAUGAAUGUGAACAUGCAAAUAACUGUAGAGAUGGGAAAUAUCAACUUGUAGAGCUUGCAGGAUUUAUCAGCCUUGCCACUUUUACCACUUUCCAAUAUUCUCAGUUUGGUUUUAGAAAAACAUUUUGCAUUUGGUUGUCCUGACCUAAGUCCCAAACACUCUGAAAUUAUUUUCCUAACACACAUUACAGUCAGAUGAAACAGGCAGCAGUCUAACCAUUCUAAAAGUUCAUGAAGGAGUUGGAAUACUUAUUUCUGACAUUUGAACUGUCAUCUUGUCAUUCCAGUUAUUGUCCACUGGAAUCAUAAACGGUAGCAUCAAGCACUCAGUGAUUUCUAAUCUUUUUCAACAUUUAGUGCCUUAAGUUGGAUUUCCUCCAUGAUGCCAGUACCAUAAAGCUCAAACUAUGUAGUAGAAUUCAGGGUUCAAGGUAACGUUCCAUCGAGGAAGACUAAAGUCCAAACUAUUGCUGAGGAGACAAACAGUAAUUUUAAACAAUUCCAGUCCUGGUUCAUUGUGAGUAUUGCUGUUACAAAUAUUGGUAUUAUAUUGUGUAUUUUAUCCCAACUAAAAAUGAAAAUCAUCUCAAUGCAAGAACACAAUUUGAGUAUUUUCAGCUGGACUUUCAUAUACAACAUUGAAACUUGGUUGAGUGGUUGAAUUAAAAAAUGUCAGGAUAAAAGUUAAUUGAUUGGCAUGUCAAUCAAUUAUUUUUUCUCUCCAACAUCACAUAUUUGCAUGUAUAUACAUUUGAUAUGGCUGUUGCAUGUAAGCCAAAUUCUAUGCAAAGAAUUUACAUCAGAAAAUGCUAAAACAAUAGAAAUUCAACGGUAGUAUCUUCCUGCCCUUUUUGAAUUCCACAUUGAACCUCGCUCUAAUGAUUGAAACCUUCUACCUCUGACACACUGACCUGUAGCUCUUCCACCACAGAACAUGCUAAUUAAAAUUGACAUGUCAUUUGUUUCUAUGGAGAUGAGGUGACCAUGGAUGGAGUCUUUUUUUGGGUGAUUGUAUAACACAGGUAUAAUUGCCUCUAACUGUAUGUGUUUACAAUUUUUUUUAUUGUAUGUUGUAGGCAUCUUAUCUGACGUUAUAUUUCUGUUUUGAUGGAAAUGUAGUCAUUGCAAUGUUAUACAAUGUACAGAAAACACACUUCUGAAUAAAAAAGGCUCUUAAUUAGUGGAAUAUGAGCUAAACCGA